CUCAAAAUUAAAACUUUUUAUGGACUCUUUGUCAUUUAUGUUUUUUAUAUAAUUUAUAUGUUAAUAUUAUAAAAUAUGUUACCAAAAGUGCGAGAUGUCAGAGAAUCACAUUUUAAAAGUCUCAUUUUUUCACAAAAUUUAGUCUGUAUAUUUAAUCUCGAUUUCUUAAAAAAUGAAUUAUUGAUUUGAGCAUCGGUCCGUGCUUCCUUAGUUUUGCAUUGACUAGCUGUAUUCAUACAUUAUGUAUUGUCUUGGAGCCCAUGAAGCCAGCAGCCAUCGACGACUUUGCUCUGACGUCAAUUUUGGAUGAACCAAUGAAUUAAAUAGGUUUGAUCAUGUCACUAGGUAGUCUUAAAUUAUAUUAUAUAAUUAAACACUUCUUUAAAAAGCUGUUCAUUUGAUUUCCAAACUCCAAUCCGAUAAUCCAAUGGCAAUGAAAGUCAUUCAAGUUUGCAGGGUAGCUCCACAACCUGGCUCGUCGGCGGCCUCGGCCAUCCCAACUCAAGGAGAGAAACUUACUUACGAUGGAGAUGCCGGUGUGUCAGAAACAAUAUUCCAAGUCAAUCACGCACUGCCGGCUCAAGAUUACUUGUCUCUUCCUCUAACCUUCAUUGACCUCCUAUGGCUAAGGUAUCCUCCCUUCCAUCGCCUUUUCUUCUAUGACAUAUUGCCUUUCUCUUCCCCUGCAGAUACCCUACUCUUCUUUCAUUCAAUAAUUAUUCCAAAACUCAAAACCUCUCUUUCUCUCACCCUCCAACAUUUUCUGCCUCUAGCCGGAAACAUCACUUGGCCCGAAAACUCUCCCAAACCCACCCUCAAUUAUGUCAAAGGCGACACCGUUUCCCUCACAGCAGCCGAAUCUGAUGCCGAUUUCCACCAUCUCUCAAGCAAUGACUUUAACAUUGAUGCCAAAGAAUACCACCCUCUUGUACCCCAACUGGCGAAAUCUCACGAAAAAGCCGCCGUGAUGGCUUUCCAAAUCACCGUCUUUCCCAACAGCGGCGGCUUUUCCAUUGGAAUAUCCAUGCACCAUGCAGUUGUUGACGGCAAGACUCUCUUCAUGUUUCUGAAAUCAUGGACCCACAUAUGCAGACAUGUUCAUCAAUCCGAUGACGUUGUUUUGCCCGAUCAGCUCAAACCAUUUUACGACAGAAGGGGUAUGAAAGACCCCAUCUUUCUCCAACUGGAAGAGAUUUACUUGAACCAGUUUCUGAACAUGGACCGACAACAAAAUAAUCGAAGCUUGAUGGUUGCAGCCCGCUAUAAAUCUCGAAUGAUAUCAGAUUCAACUCGAGGCAACUUCGAAUUCACAAGCGCAAAGAUACAAGCUUUACGGAAAUGGGUCAUGGGCAGGAAACAACAGGAAGGACUUGAUCGAUCUGUUCAUUUGUCAACAUUUUCUCUAACGUGCGCCUACUCAUGGAUUUGCUUACUAAAAGCAGAGCAAGAAGAGCAAGAUGAAGUAAAAGGGGACAAAAUAAUACCUAUGGUAAUUAACGUGGACUGCCGGUCGCGCUUAACCCCUCCUUUGCCUGCAAACUAUUUUGGAAACUGCGUAAUGGCCCGUCUAGCACUUGCAGAAAGAAAAGGACUCCUGGGAGAAGACGGGUUGGUUGUAGCGGUAAAUGCGAUUAGUGAAGCCAUUAAGGGUUUGGAUGACGGGAGUCUGAUGAAUGGCGCGGAGAAUCUCGUUUCCAGUUUGUACCCUUCUGAUGAACAGAUACAGACUAGUAGUGGUGCUGGUCAUCAGAGAACAUUUACAACCGCUGGAUCGCAUCGGUUUGACAUGUAUGAUACUGAUUUUGGAUGGGGAAGGCCAAGGAGCACCGAAGUGGUUCGGAUGCAUACAGUCGGAACAAUGACUUUUGCAGAUGGUAAGAACGGCGGCGGAGCUGUUGACAUCGGGUUGGUUUUGAAAAAACAUCAUAUGGAUGCUUUUGCUUCUCUAUUUGCAAAAGGUCUUGAAACCCUAUGAAGUUUGAAGUCCCAUUUCAUAUAUAUUCUGGUCAGCUCAAAAAUUGUAUGCUUCUUCAUGAUUAAUCUUGUGAUGUUUUUGGAGCAGGAAGCUCUAUGUUUCUCGGA